AUGGCCACUACCUUCCACCUUUUCCCGCUAUUGCCACCGGAAAUUCGACACUACAUCUGGCACCUCUCUCUCCCCCAUGAGCGAGUGAUCCAUAUCUCGUGCGACCGGGGUAUCCUUCGCACGUCACGGCGAUAUGCUCGCUGCUUUCGCGCCGACUGCGGCAAUCCGCCGCAGCUACAAGUAAAUACGGAGGCCCGCCAUGUGACCCUACGGUUGUAUGCGCCUUACUUUCGGACGGAAUAUAAGCCUCAUGGCUGCAUUUAUUUAGCCCCCGAGCAGGAUGUUGUACAUCUGCACGAGGCAGUGUUAGCAUACCUCAGCACCGCGGAGAGGGCGGCUCUCCAACGGCUGAUGAUUGAUGUCCAUGACUAUGCGUCCUUUGGCGCGUAUUGGAUGGACAGUAUAUGUAGGAUGAAACAAUUGAAAGAAAUUGUGUUGGUGGUGUUUCCGCUCACCUCUUCUCCAUAUCGAUCUGAUCAGUUGCCGAUGGGGGACGGUGAGAUUGUUGGUAUGCUGAAAGCUGCCUUUGUGGAGGGAGCCCAGACGAGCCCAGACUGGGCCAUGCCACGCGUCAAAGUCAUAUCGCAUGAAGGGUCAGCAAUGGGAGAUAUCGUCGUUACGUCGGAUGAUCUGAAGACCGAUUGA